AUGACCAACCGCGCAGCCCUUCCCGGGCGUAGGAUACCGGGCCAGGCCAAUGGCAUUUUUGCGGUGCCCUCCAUGGCCGUCGGCCUUGCUCGUGUCCUCUCCAUGACAUUGUCGACAGCCUAUGCGGCGCCGUUAGAUGUUUUGGGCCAUGGCGGUGGUGGUGACGAACCCGAGGCUGACGGCGCGAGCCUUUGGGUGCUUUAUGUGGCAUCGCUUGUUCUUGUUUUGUCCGGUGGAGCUUUUGCAGGAUUGACUAUUGCGUUGAUGGGACAGGAUGGCAUCUACCUACAGGUCAUGGCUGGGGAUCCGAGCGAACCGCAACAAAAAAACGCGAGACGAGUAUACGAAUUGUUGAAGAAGGGCAAGCAUUGGGUGCUGGUAACAUUGCUCUUGGCCAAUGUUAUUGUGAACGAGACACUCCCCGUGGUUCUCGACCGUUGUCUGGGUGGAGGUGUUGCUGCUGUGGUGGGCUCCACGUUCUUGAUCGUGAUCUUCGGCGAGGUUCUUCCCCAAUCUGUCUGUGUCCGUUAUGGCCUGCAAAUCGGCGGCUACAUGUCCAAACCGGUUCUCGCCAUGAUGUACCUAAUGGCACCGAUCGCCUGGCCAACAGCGAAGCUACUCGAUUGGCUCCUUGGUGAAGACCACGGCACCGUCUACAAGAAGAGCGGACUGAAAACCCUAGUCACCCUCCACAAGAGCUUGGGCGACGUAUCGCAGCGCUUAAACCAAGACGAGGUCACCAUCAUCAGCGCGGUGCUGGACUUGAAGGAAAAGCCUGUCGCAAACGUGAUGACACCGAUGGAUGACGUUUUUGUCAUGGACGAAGACACCGUGCUGGACGAGCCAACCAUGGAUAUGAUACUUUCGGCGGGCUACUCGCGCGUCCCGAUCCACGAGACAGGGAACCCCACCAACUUCGUCGGCAUGUUGCUCGUUAAGAUUCUCAUUACCUACGAUCCUGAAGACGCCAAGCUUGUCCGUGACUUCCCGUUGGCCACCCUUCCCGAGACUCGCCCGGAGACGAGCUGCUUGGAUAUCGUCAACUUUUUCCAAGAGGGGAAGUCCCACAUGGUGCUGGUCUCUUCGUAUCCGGGAGAGGAUCACGGCGCCCUUGGCGUGGUGACAUUAGAGGAUGUGAUUGAGGAGCUGAUCGGAGAGGAAAUUAUUGACGAGUCGGAUGUCUACAUUGACGUUCACAAGGCAAUUCGCCGCUUAACCCCGGCCCCGAAAGCAAAGGUCCAACGGCGACUGUCGGAAGACCCAAGUACAAGGUAUAGUGAUAGCGUCAGCGACAGCGCUAUUCUCACUGUCCCGAAGUUGGAUCAACCGACGGCCGCGACGGGCACGGAUUCACCUUUGCUGUCGAGUAGUCCUAAGACAGCAACGCUGAUGAUGCGUCGAAGUUCUGCCGGCUUAGAUGGCCAGUCUGUCAAGACGACCGUUCCAGUCCGGGCCAAUUUCCAAGAUAUCAAGCAACAUCUUAAGCACCUCGGGCCUUCCAACCCGGCUACAAACCCCAACAAAACACGGUCGACCACGGUCAAGAUCAAGCCGGGAAGCGGUGCCCAUGUCCGGUCAGGCUCAGCUGCCGAGCCGGCAACUGAGGAGGUACCAGCGGAGGAAGGAGACGAGACCACCAGUUUGCUCAAAUCCCAAAUUACUGGCAAAGACGGCGUCCAGGCGCUGAGGCAAACAUACGGGUCCACAAGUCCUUCCAUCACGGUACAGAUUGUACCGCCCCGCACUGAUACUCCCGCCGAUGCUGGGUCAGAGGGUGUGGAUAAGUCGACACAAACCCCCAUUCAACCCAGCCUCCUCGACCAAGAGACUGAAGAAUCAUCACAACCACAUCUAUGGCAAUCACGGGGACAGCCUUCCCCGCCACUGCCCAGACAACCUCGCUCCAACUCCAGCGCCGAGAGCGGAGCGGGUGAAGAUACCACGGGCAGAACGGAUACCAUCCUGAGCCUAGGGCGACCGUACGUCCGCAGCGGCAGCAUCACCGAGAACAUUGUCGAGUCGCGUGGCGUGCGGAAGGUAGUCCUCGAAACAACAAGUUCUGCAGAGGACGAGGAGGCAAUCGGGCAGGGUUCAUCGUCCCCUGAACAACAACCCUCUCACUCUGUGACGCGUGCCCCGUUUGGGCUCUUCGCGAGGGACGGCAAGUCAAACAGCAAGGAUAAAGCGGACGAAGCUGGGAAUCUGCCCAGCCAACCGGGCCAGGAGGGAGAAGGAGAGGGAGAUGAAGACGAGGAGGCGCUUUUAUCACCUGGUCCUGAGGAUGAUGAAGACGGCGGUCCUGAGUCGUACGCGGAAGCUGCUGCACAAGGGACACAGCAAGAAGGGGAAGCAGGGGGGGCGAGUGGAGCGGGCGGGAAAAAGAAGAACCGGAGGAAAAAGCGGAAGGGCGGCAAGUCGUAA